AUGUAUUAUUAUUUCUAGAUUGGGUGGCAACCUAUAAAAGUUUUCUCGCUUUGUUUAUAUAUACUUAGGAGAAGCUGUUUUGGAGAAAACAAAUGGAUAGAAGGAAACAACCCUAAGGAACAGUCGUUUGUUGCUGUUCUUAUUACUAGUGCUGCUGUUUCUGUAAUUUGUGUUUUUAGCAGUGUCCCUCAGGAUACAGUCAAAAGAAAGUUCUCCAAGACAAAGUGCCUGGAGCAAGGGAUGGCCCUGGCCUUGAUCCACCCUCACAAUCGUGCAUACUCUCUGGCUCCCCUGAAUCUGAAGGAGGAGCUUCAGGGAUUCAAAGUUCAAGGAAACAGAAAAGGCCCUGGGCAGGAGCCAUUGUGCAAACAGUUCAGGCAGCUGCGCUAUGAGGAAAGCACUGGACCACGAGAGGUUUUACGCCGACUCAGGGAGCUCUGCAGACAGUGGCUGCGGCCUGAGACCCACAGCAAGGAGCAGAUCCUGGAGCUGCUGGUGCUGGAGCAGUUCCUGACCAUCCUGCCAGACCACCUGCUGGUCCAUGUGCUCGAGCGUCACCCAGAGACUGGAGAGGAGCUGGUGGGAAUACUGGAAGAUUUGCAGCUACACCAUGGAGAAGCAAUACAGCAGAAGGACUCUGCCCAAAGAAUCCGACAGACCGUGCUGGUUCGUGUGACGAAAGCCCCUCUGAGAGAAGCCCAGGAGCAGCCAGUCCUACCUGAGCGUGAGGUUCAGAAGCCCGAGGAGAAGGGUAAGGAGGCACAGAGCGCAAAUGAGAAGCUCAUUGCAGAAACGGACUCUUGGGGACGAGAGGAGCCAUCUUGUACAACACCUGAACCCACUGAGGUCCAGUAUGAGGUCUUGCGCUUGGUGAAGCAACCAGCUGUGCCCAAGGAGCAACCUAGCAGCCAGUGCUUGGAGACCAAGGAGGGACUUGUCCAGAACUCAGGCCUAACUGAACAAGAACAGGCACACGCAGGAGAAAAGCCUCGUGAAUCUGUAGUGUGUCAGAGCUCUGUCCCUACUGAACAUCAGGAAAGCCUCUCUAAAGAGAAAGGCCACCCCUGCCAGGAGUGUGGGAAAGUCUUUCAAAGGAGUUCACACCUCAUCAGACAUCAGAGAAUCCAUCUUGGUGAGAAGCCUUACCAGUGUAAAGAGUGUGGAAAAGUCUUUAGCCAGAAUGCAGGUCUUUUGGAGCAUCUCAGAAUCCAUACUGGAGAAAAACCGUAUCUGUGUAUCCACUGUGGAAAGAAUUUUAGGCGCAGCUCUCAUCUUAAUCGACACCAAAAAAUUCACAAUCAAGAGGAGCCCCGUGAAUGCAAGGAGUGUGGGAAAACCUUUAGUAAGGCCCUCCUCCUCACGCACCAUCAGAGAGUCCACGGUCGUUCCAAAAACCAUCACUGUAAUGACUGUGGCAAAGCCUUCAAGUUGACUUCUGACCUCAUUCGACAUCACAGGAUUCACACUGGAGAAAAACCAUUCAAAUGUACAGUCUGUCAGAAAGCCUUCCGCCUGAACUCACACCUAGAUCAGCAUGUGAGAAUCCACAAUGAGGAAAAGCCCUACCAGUGCGGGGAAUGCAAAGAAGCCUUCAGGCAGAAGUCGGGUCUCUUUCAGCAUCAGAGACAUCACCACAAAAGCAAACUGGCUUGAUGCGGUUCUCUGUUUGAGAUUGGGAAUGUUACAUUGAGAAGCAAACAGUGCUUUUUAAAAAGGCAUCGUGGAGUCAGCAUGCUCGGGAGCCAUUGGCCUGCAUUGUCUCACUCUCCUGUGUUUUAUUUAAGCCAUAAUUAGACUAUACUAGUUUCACCCUAGAUGGUAGGAUCAGAAUUUAACUAUUCACUACAGAACUUCUCAGAGCGUUUGAUGUGCUAAGAACAUGAUUAUUUAUCUCUUAAGUAUAGCCUCAUGGACGAAUGAAAUCUCUUAAAUCAGCAAGUCAAGUGCCUAUAGAUUUAUACAGAAUGAGAGCAAGCUGAUAUUUUUGCAAGCACUAUAGCAACAGGCUCCUAUAAAAUCAAAUUAAGGAGGGUUGGGGAGAUGGCUCGGUGGUUAAACCAG